UUUUUUCUACAGCAACUUUCAUCAACUAAAAAAAAAUUGUAGCCAGGACAAAUAAAACUCAACAUUGCUUAGAGUGGAAGAUAUAUCGAAUUUUUCUUUUUUUUUUUUAUUAUUUCAGAAAAUUGAUGUCAGGUUCCUAAUUUCCUAAUAAGAGCUAUAAAAAAUGGAAGGUCUGCCUGGAGAAGUUGUGGGUUCCUUUGUUGGAAAUCUUCAAGCAGAAGCUGGAGGACAGGUAUGUUCUAGAUGACUACUGAGGUCUCUUCCAACUCUCAAAUUUUGUGAUUAAAGAGAUACAAUUGAGCCAAUUUAAGAUUUAAAAUUCACAAAUACAGCUUAAAAAUCACACAACUACACAACACAUUUUAUUCAAUUUUAAUAUGGUUUUCAUUAUUAACUUAUAAAACAAAAUGAUAUCCAGGUUCUAAAAUUAAAAAAGCCUCUGCAUUUCCCACAGCUACCUCAGUCAGUGUUGGGUCCAAGGCUGAUCCCCGGAGCACUGAAGGAUACUGGGGGCAGGAAUUAAGGAGGAAGGAAAAAUCUACAGGAAAUGGGAGAGGGUUUCCUGCCCCUCACGGUCUCAGGCAGGUUGAAUGUCUUCGUGGGCCGCCUUCUCCUUCCUUAGAGCUCGUGUGUAUUUUUUUUUUAAACCCUUACCUUCCGUCUUGGAGUCAACACUAUGUAUUGGUUCCAAAGCAGAAGAGUGGUGAGGGCUAGGCAAUGGGGGUUAAGGAACUUGCUCAGGGUCACACAGCGGGGAAGUGUCUGAGGUCAAAUUUGAACACCCGACUCUAGGCCUGGCUCUCAAUUCCCUGAGCUAUCCAACUGCUCCCUCCCGUGUGUAUUUUUGCUGCUUCCUCCUCUUCACACUUCUGUCCCUUUACAAAGCCUGCUAGACCACAGUUCGACGGUUAGGGAGGACUGGGCUCCACUCCGGGAGAACUGAAAGAAGGAUCCCUAAUCUUUCAGUUUAGCUAGAGUCCGUAACCAUUACGUGAGCGGGACUAGUAUUUAACUACCGGAAGAGAGGCGAGGUUUACGACCUUAGCAACGCUUAUCAACUUCCCGUCGGAUGAGUUACUGACAUGGGUAGUUGAAAGGAGUCGGCGGGGUUGUACCCUGAGCCUAGAGGGGAACCCGUGGGCUGUUUAGCGGGUCUCUGACUACAGUGGAAGAUGGAACCAGCCGGUGACGGGUCCGCGAGGGCAGGUCAGGGUGCAGCUGAGAGGGUGGAGCCCGAGUGGCAGUCCUUUAUGGCUCCGGUAGGGCUCAGCAGCCACAGCAAUCAGCAGCUUCUUUGGCAUCACAGAGCUGGAGGAGCUGGAGCUGGAGCUGGAGUUAGAGCGCGACGGGGCUCCGGCCCCGGCCGGACAGCGGCUCCUCCCCGCGGGGCCCACCAGGACUAGGGAGCGGCUACAGACGGACGCUGAAGUGUUCGUGGUUGAAGGCGGCAGUGGCGGGAGAUGUGGAACUUGCAUCGUACCCCGUUGGGUCACCUCCAUGGUGCUGUACGCUGCUUUCCUGGGGAUGCUCUAUCAAUAUUGGGGACAUCUUUUGGUCUCUACCUUCUCCCUUUUUGCAAGAAAGCAAUAUUACUGGUUGUUUUGAUGGCUGGCCUUGGUAUUUCUACUGGAAUGGUAAGCAUAGGUGGCAAUGUGAUCAUCCUGCAUAUAUGGAGAGGUGAAGCAGCCCCACAUCUGCAGGCCUUGCAUUUCACUUUUGCUUUGGGGGCCUUUUUGGCUCCCUUACUGGCGAAGUUGGCUUUGGGCAGUUCUGGGCCCUCUGAAAACCACACAAUAGCUGAUAUGUCAAACCACUCUGAGCUCAGCCCACCACCUGUAGCCGACUUAGAAGCAAUAUUUGGAGUACCUGCUAAUGAAAAUUUGCUUUGGGCUUAUAUGGUUAUAGGAACUUAUGUUUUGGUGAUAUUUUUCUUCUUUAUUAUUUUAUUUUUCCAAAAAAGUCCAAAUCAAGAGAAAACAAAAGCAACUGCUCAAAAAUCUCGAACUGCAAAACACAAGAAUGUUCUUCUUGGACUCCUUUUUGUGUUUUUCUUUUUUUAUGUAGGAGCAGAGGUCACGUAUAGCUCUUACAUUUUCUCUUUUGCAAUGCUCCAUGCUGGCAUGAGUGAAAGCCAAGCAGCAGGCUUGAACUCUGCCUUCUGGGGGACAUUUGCUGCUUGCAGGGGCAUGGCGAUCUGUUUUGCUACGUGUAUGAAGCCUGGAACCAUGAUUGUGUUGUGCAAUGUGGGCAGCUUGGCUUCUUCCUUGCUCCUGGUGAUUUUUGAUAAGAACCACAUUUGUCUCUGGGUGGCAACUGCAGUAUAUGGGGCUUCAAUGGCUACUACCUUUCCCAGUGGCAUUUCCUGGAUUGAACAGUACGUGACCAUUAAAGGCAAAGCUGCUGCUUUAUUUGUAAUUGGUGCUGCCUUGGGAUCAAUGGUCAUUCCUGCAGUGGUUGGAGUGCUUCAAGGAAAAUACCCUUAUCUUCCAGGAGUUUUGUAUGUUUCUUUGGGGUCAGCUAUUGCAACAGUGGUUUUGUUUCCUAUCAUGUACAAAUUGGCCACUGCCCCUCUUGACAAGAAGAUUCAGGAAAGUAGAAGGAGUGAAGACCAAAAAGCAUUACUAUCUUCUAGAUUUAAUGAUGAAGAUGAUGAUGAUGAUGAUGAUGAUGAUGAUGUGGAAGAGGGUGCUGAAGAAGAAUGGAAUGAAGCUGAUUUUGAAAUGAUUGAAAUGAACAAUACGAUGAGGAAUUCAGUAAUAGAGACAUCUAGAAAAAUUUUGAGAGAAUCCCCAGUAGAAACCUCUAGUCAAUUAUUGUCAAAUGACAUACCUUUCAGUUCUUCUCUGGUUAUUACUGGCAACUCCCCUGUGAAGCACCUUAAUACGGAGCGGGAAAAAAAUGACUAACAGUAAAAGAUGGAUUGGUUACUGAUUCCUGUAACAACCACUGAAUUUAAGGAAGUAAAUCAGAGAAGAUACUUAACAAGUUCAAAUACAUUUUAGGGUUUGGCACUUUUAACCCUGAUUUCAACUAAAUGAGCAUUCUGGUGCAGCCUAGAUUUUUUGACAACAAAAAGAGGACAGGAAUAGUGAGAUAUGGCUAGUAAAGUGACUUUAUUGUAAGAGUGAAGAGUAGAGCAAAUUAUUGGAAUUCAAGGGUCUGUUGUAGAGUUGGUAAUACCUCAUGAAAGAAUCUAUUGCUUGCCUCAAAAAUCUUCUUUAACUUGGACAAAAAUUGUGUAGACAAUUCUGUUCAACUUGGAAUAGAUGAUGAUAAUACUUCAGAUUUCUGAUUCAUAAUAUAGUUCUGAUAAUAAUGGGUGGGGGAGGUAUAAUGGAAAGAACCUUGCAUUGAGAGUCAAGAGGUAAUUUACGCCUCUAGUUCUUACUUUUUACUACCAAUUAGCUCUGUGAUCUUGCUUAAAUCACUUAAUUCCUCCAAGUCUUAGUUUCUUAUUGUAAAAAUGAGAGUAUUGGAUUUUGAUCUCUAAGGUCUUUUCUAGCUCUAAAAUUCUUUGUAUAGUAAUGAGAUAUUCUCCAAAGAGUAAAAUGCACUAACUUUAAUUGUACAGAUUGUUAUAUGCUCAUUUCAUUCUUCCCAAAGCCCAGUUUGAGAGAAAAAAAAAGUAGUUGAAAAAGAAAGAUAAAAAUGACAUAAAUCACUUUGGCUGUACUUUUGCUAUGAAAUUUAGUGGCCUGAAAGUUUCACAGACUUUAGUGUUUAAUAUUUUAAGCCAUUGUUUAAGGAGGAUGUCCUUAAGAAAUAAUUUUCUCAGCUCUAGGGAAGUUUAUACUGUUAAGAAUUAUACUUAAAAGAGAAAAGCCUACUGAAAAGUUAGUAAUUUAUUUUUCUAUGGUGAUUAUUUUUCUCUCUAAGUUUGAGGGGGAAUUUGCAUAUCUAAAAUUUUGCUCUUAAAAGUAGCAAAAUAGUAUCCCUACAUUAGUAGUAGGACCAAUAGGGAAGGACUCUUCUAGGGUCCAUUACCUAUCUCUGCUCCAAAUUUGUUUCUAGGCCUUGUAGGACUAGAAAUUCAGCUGCAUGUAUUCAUCCAGGGUUUGGUUGAUAGAACCCUAAGAGAUGGAUGUAUCGAUCCAGAGUGCCAACUGCUUUCACAAGAAGAGAUUUGCCUUUGCAAUGUGGUAGGCUCCUGUUCCUUUUCCAGGGCAAGCCUCUUUCUGUUAUCAAGUUCCUAGGAAACCAGAUGAAUGUUACUCAGGGAGGCUGGGGUCACUGAAGAGGAGACUGAGCAUCUUUAAAAGAUCAUUUUCCUUUACAUCAUAGAAAACCUGAUGAAUUGACUUGCACCAUGGACAGUCUAGGGCUGUCCUUAGGCCAUUCACUUCUUCCACUUAAAAUGUGUCUCUUCCUGGACACUGAAUUAUAUUUUUCCCCAGGUUUCAUAACUGACUACACUUUCUCAUUCUACAUGUUGGCCUUGAUACAACAUACCUUUCUCUUACCUAGUUCCUUCCCUGCCGGAUGGUGCACUUGUGCGACCCAGUGAACCUCUGCCGACAGUCUUAGUGCUCAAAUGGGCAUCCCUUUCCCCUUUCAUCAUCCUACUCUGUUUCUGUGGCACUCCAGCCUUUGAGCCUUGGAACCCUUUUGCUUAUUUUACCACAUUAGGCCCCAUUGAAUGACCUUAAUUUUAGGGGAAGAGUGGUGGAAGUAGAGGGGAAGACAAAUGCUCUUCUGCUUUUUAUAGCUCCCCUUGUCCCUGAGCUAAACCUCUGAGCUUACUGAUGCUUCAUUUGCUCCUCCACUCUACAAGCCAUCCCAUGGGACAUCUGGUUAAUGGGCAUUUAUAGCAGCAGCUGAACAGAGAGGGGCAGGCUGAGCUGGAGAAUGGUGAAUGGAUGAGGGGCAUAAACAAUCCCCCAACCUGGCAGGAGAUAUAGAAAAGUAUAUAGAGUUUCCUAGAAAGGCACUCGCCAUCACAGGCUACAUUGUGAGUAGCUGUACAGUGUAAACUGUAUUGCUAGAACUACCUUGUAUUUUCCAUAUUGCCAAGAGAAGAACUGAAACUUAAAUUGCUGGGAAUUAGUGAUGCUAAAAUGAGCCUUUCUCUGGGAAAUAGUUCAUUCUACUAAGCAUUUGUAUAAUCAAAACCUCAAGCAAUGUAGGGAGAGAUUGAAGACUAUCUUGAAUGAAAACAAAUUAAGUGUGAUGUAAUAAACUUUUUAAGUACUUUGAGGUACGUUGCCUGUCAUGAAAAAUACAUCAAUUUAGUUGUGUAAGAAGCAGAGACUUGUAAAAUGAUUGACAGGGACAUGUGACACAGAAUCAUAUGAGAGCCUGGGUCAAGAUUCUAAGAUUCCAACUGAAACCAGAAAUCUGGGGGAAGCUUUGGGAGGUAGUUAAAAUUUCCAGCUUUCUUCAUGUUUUCUGGCCCCUUUGAGAUACCAGCUUGAGAGGAGAAAAACAGCUUGAACUGACUGCUGGCAGCUAGAAGGAAGACAAAAGGAGAACUUCUCUGCUGGACCUACUUUGGGAUCUUGCCUCAUUUACUGGACUCUGUGUUGUGAGGUUCUUUUUGCGGGGACUUAAUUUAUUUAGCCUAGGUAAGUUAGCCAUUAGGAUAGUAUUAAGGGAAUUUAGGUUUGGGGAUAAGAUUAAGAACUUUUCCUUCUCCUUUGUUAGCCUCCUUCCCCUCCCAUUCCCAUCAAUAAACUUAAAAUAUUUAGAUGCUUCCCUCUUGCCUCUUUCCCUUAAGCAAUCUAAUAAUAACAGUUGAAGUGUUAUUGAGAAGGAUUUUUCUGUCAUUUCAUGAUUGAAAAGAAAGGGAUUAGGAAAGGAUCUCUUCCAUACCUCUCCUUUAUUCUUUUAGUCAAGAGAUCCUUGGGCAACUUAUUGUUGCAAAUUAAAAAAAAUCAUUACUUAAAAAAAGUACAUUUUCUGACUGCCCUUUGAUCCAGCCAUACCACUGCUGGUAUUGUAGCCCAAAGAGAUAAUAGGGAAAAAGACUUAUACAAAAAUAUUUAUAGCCAUGCUCUUUAUUUACUCCCUACCCCAGCCUCUCCAAGCAUGAUAAUGCAUAGCCAGCAGCAUUUCUGUUAUUCCUUUUAUCCAGCUAGCAGAAAGACUGACCUCUUUGUUAAUAUAAAUAUCUGAUCAUCAGGCAGAGCCAAGGUGGUGGUUUAGUAGUAGUAAAAGCUGAAACCUCUCCGAGAAUCCUUCCAAACCACCCUUUUAAAAGUUCCUCAAUGGGGGAAGCCAGGUGCCUCAGUGGAUUGAGAGUCAGGUCUAGAGAUGGGAGGCCCUAGAUUCAAAUCUGGCCUUAGACACUUCCCACCUGUGUGAUCCUGGUCAAGUCACUUUUCAUUCAUUGUCUAGCCCUUACCACUCUUCUGCCUUAGAACCAAUAUACAGUAUUAAUUUUAAGAUGGAAGGUAAGGUUUGUUGUUUUUUUUUUAAGUUAUCAAACAAACUGCCCUAAUAUUCUUGAAUAAGAGGAUAAAAUAGAAAUUGAAAGAAUACACAGAUUACUUCCUGCCAUAAGUUCCCAAAUGACAACUCCCAGAAAUGUUAUACCCAAGUUCUAGAGCUCCCUGGCCAAGGAUAAAAUACUUCAAGCAUCCAGAAAAAACAAUCCAGUUAUCGUGGAGCCCCAGUCAGGCUUACACAGAAUCUGGCAGUUUCCACAUUGAAGGAUUGGAAGGCAAGAGAAAUGGAUUUACAAUCAGGAAUCACCUAUCCAUCAAAACUGACUAUAUUCUUUCAGGGGAAAAUAUAGUCAUUUAAUAAAAUAGAUUUCUAAGCAUUGCUGAGGAAAAGAUCAGAUUUAAAAAGAAAAUUUAAUGUCCAAAUACAAAAUUCAAGGAGAGCAUAAAAAGGUAAAUAAGAAAGAGAAAAAAUUUACGGGGGGCUAAACAAGGUUAAAUUUUAUAUAUUCCUAUAUGAAAAAUAUUUUUAACUCUUAAAUUUUUUUAUCAUUAUCAUAAUAGAAGAAGCAUACAUAGAGAGUGUGGUAAUAAGCUAUUCAGGAUGAUAUGUAAAAAAGAAAUUGUGGCAUAAAAAGAGGAUUACACUAAGAGAAAUGGGAAAAAUCUAUUAUAGUGGAGGGAAGGAUGAGAGUGUCAAUGUUUAAUACUUAAACUUUAAUUUCACUGGAAUUGACUCAGAGAGAGAACAGUCAAAUUUAUUGGAGUAUAGAAUCCUAUUUUAUCCUAUAGAAAAAUAGAAAGGGAAUAAGAAGGAGGGUAUUGGGAAGGGGACUAAUAGAAGGGAAUGGGGGGGGAGUGAUUAAAAAGCAAAACACUGGUGUGGAGGGACAGAGUGAAAGGAAAGUCAGGAUUAAAAGAGGAAAACAGGAUGGAGGGGAAUAUACAAAUGGAAUCAUAAUUGUGAAUGUAAAUGGGAUGAACUCACCCAUAAAAUAUAAGAGGAUAGCAAAGAAAAAGAAUUCUACCAUGUAUUGUUUGCAAAAAACACAUUUAGGGAAGGUUGACACACAUAGAGUAAAGGUAAGGGGCUAGAACAGAAUCAGUUGGCCUUCAACUGAGAUAAAAAAGGAGUAGCAAUCAUGAUCUCAGACAAAGCUAAAGCAAAAAUAGGUCUGAUUGAAAGAUAUGAGGAAGUAAUUACAUCUUGAUAAAAGGUAGUAUAAACAAUGAAGUAAUAUCAGUACUUAACAUAUAUGCACCAAAUGGUAUAGAAUCCAGAUUUUUAAAGAAGAAACUAAAGGAGCUUAAGAAAUAGACAGUGGGACAUCAAUCUUUCCCUAUCAGAACUAUAUAAAUCUAACCAAAAAAUAAGCAAAAUAUAAGUAAAGGAAGUGAAUGAAAUUUUAGAAAAGUUAGAUUUAAUAGACAUCUGGAUAAAAUUAGAAAAUUGAAUAAGGAUAAAAAAGAAUUUAGUUUUUUUUUUCAGCAGCACAUGGUACAUACACAAAAACUGACUGGGCAUUAGGACAUAAAAUCUUCACAAUCAAAUGAAGAAAAGCAGAAAUAAUAAAUGCAACUUUUUCAGAUCAAAAUGCAAUAAAAAUUAUAAUAAAGGUUGUAUAUGUUUCAUAAAAUCCAAGAUUUAAAAAUUAAUCCUAUCUUCACAGGGUUCAUGGAAAAGAAGAUUUAAAAUUAAUUGGAAACUACAUAAUCUAAUUCAAAAUAGGUGGGUCAAAGAACAAAACGUAGAAAUAAUCAUUGAUUUCACUGAAAGAGAAUGAGAAUGAGAAUGAAAGAGAAUGACAAUGAGGAGACACCAUAUAAAAAUUUAUGGAAUACAGCCAAAAUAAUACUCAGGGGAAAAUUUAUAUCCAUGAAAGCUUACAUCAAUAAAACAGAGAAAAGGCAGGUCAAUGAAUUAGACAUGUAACUAAAAAAAGCAAAAAACAAAACUAGAAAAAGAAGUGAAAAAUCCCAAAUAAAGACUAAUUUGGAACUCCUAAAAAUCAAAGGAGAAAUUAAUAAAAUUUAAAGCGAAAGAACUAUUGAACUAAUAAAACUAGGUUCUAUGAAAAAAAAACAAAAUAGAUAGAACUUUAAUUUGAUUAAUAAAAGGAAAGAAGAGAAUCAAAUUACCAGUAUCAAAAAUGAAAAGGGUGAUUUCACCUCCAAGGAGGAGGAAAUUAAAGCAAUCAUUAGGAGCUAUUUUCCUAAUUAUAUGAACAAUAUAUCUGAUAAUUUAGGUAAAAUGGAUGAACAUUUAUGAAAAUAUAAAUUGCCCAGAUUAACAGAAUAGGAAAUAGAAUACCUAAAUAAUCCCAUCUCAGAAAAAAAAAUUGAACAAACCAUCAAUGAACUUACUAAGAAAAAAUUUUAAGGGUCAUAUGCAUUCACAAGUGAAUUCUAUCAAAUAUUUAAAGAACAACAAAUCCCAAUACUUUACGUACUAUUUGCAAAAUAAGCAAAGAAGGAGUCCUUCUAAAUUCUUUUCAUGACACAAACAUAGUGCUGAAACUAUAAAAAUAAAAGGUAAACUGUAAAAAUAAAGCAAUGAAUUGAUUAUUGAUUUUAAAUUGAUUUAGAUACUCUUUUUGCUGUGUUCACAAAGUAUCUUCAGUUUAUAUUAGUGAAGUGAAGCUCAUAAGUAAACUUCUCUUCAGGGCUAGGUGCAAGGAUGCUUAUGGAGACUCUUGUUAUAUGAAAAUAAAAUAUUUAUUGAAAAUAUAAGGAUAAAAAAGGAUUUCUAACUCGAAGGGAUUCUAAUGCCACCCAAAUAAAACUCCCUGGUUCUGUAAGGAACUGCUUCUCCUGUGCCCAGUGGCUACACUAAUCAUUCCUAAUUUGACUAACCCAAAUUUUCCCUAUUCUACAAUAAACGAACACUCUUAUCCUUAUAAUCCUUAACUACGCCUCCAAGUUAUAAAGAUAACAAAGGCUAGCUGACUGAGUCUUAGUUUAGUCUAUACUACAAAAGCUAGUCAGGAAAAUUGGUGUAGUGAUUGUACCUUGUAUUUAUGUGGCUCAGCUUGUGUGUGUGUGUGUGUGUGUGUGUGUGUUUUCCCCUAGUACAAUAUGUGACAAGAUACCACUACUUUGCACAGUGCUUUCUGAUGUUAACAAAGUAAAACCUGUUUUUAGAAAGACUGCCCUGAUGUUAUCUACAAGAGGAGCCCAAGAUGCAUCUGUGGGUAAAUUAUUUGGAUUACAGGAACAUUUUUCUACACACACAUUCAUAGACAAGUUUUACUGCAGUCAAUUAAGAGAUUCUUUUAGGUAGACAGGAGAAGGAGGGAGUGUGAUCAAAUGGAUUUAAUAUAUUUGAAUAUGACUAAUGUAUAUGCAGCUUUGUAUAAUUGUGAAUAUUUAUUGGAAUAAAAUGUUGACUCACAUGAAA